AUGAGCAAUUCCAACAUUUCGACAUCUCUCAACAAUGUAAUGACAAAUGUCCAACAUUUGCCAACAUCAUCUGUUCCCUUGACCCCUGAACAACUUCAGACGAUUGUUUUGAACCUCUCUGCUAAAGUUGAACAGCAUUCUACGGUCAUCUCUGAACUCCUUGCAUUGCAAAAAGAAAAUGCAUUGUUAAAAUCUCAAAAUGAAGCACUCAUGUCAAGAAUUAAGGAAAUGGAGAAGACCAUUUCCAGUCAAAGUUCUCAACUUAACUUGUUUCUGCUUCUGAUUGAUCGUUCUGAAGUCCGUUCUCGUCUCCGUCGUGCUGGUGUGGAUACUGGUCGCGUUCUGGAUAUCUCUUUUCCUGCUUCUGGUGUUCUUGGUGUCCUCGUACAUACCCAGUAUGUACAAGACUUUAUCAAGAUCAUGACUAAGGCGCAAGCCGAAGUCAUCAAGGACUUUGACCCUCUUGACCCGCUCACUUGGCCGACCCCAAGUAUGAUUCUCUGUCUGAGGCCUCCCGUGCCCAAGAAAUCUUCUCUCUGGUACACAAGCGUGCCAUCAACACUCUUUCUUUUGUUCGUCCUGUUUCUGUUGCUGCUGUCGGUCGCUCCUUCGUUGAGAAGGGCGUUAUGGAAUGCUAAUGGUCUUCGUGCCACCACCGUCCAUGAUGUCUUAUCCACUCUCUUUGCUCUGAUGUCCUCUUUGUCACUGAAACCUGGCUUACUUCUGGUCUCCUGCCUACAAACUGGUCUCAACAUCACUUGUAUCAGUUGCCUUGUCUCUCCUUCUUGUCCCUUUCCUGUCCAUCAACUUCCGUCCUAUAAUGCCCAUACUUUGUCCAUGAAAAUUGGUAAAGUCACUGUCCAUUGUCUCUACCUUCCACCCAGCCUCUCUAAUGAGCUGGUGUUCUCCGUUCUUAACUCUCUUCCUCUCUCCUCCGAUACCGUUCUCUGUGGUGACUUCAAUGCUCGUCUUGGUGCUCUCACAGGUGAUCUGGUGGUCAAUCCCCGUGGUCGGUCUCUCUUGCCCUGGCUUGAAGAACGUUCCCUCCGGGUCCUUAACUCUGAACUUGCUCAUGGUGUUGCUACCUUUACAACGUUUCGGCGUAAUGUAGAGGUUAGUAGCAUUAUUGACCUGUUCAUCACAAACAUUCCUGCCUCUGGUAUGGUCUCUCCUUCUCUGGUGGUUGAGUCUGACUUGUCCCUUGGUUCUGAUCAUCGUCUGAUGUUUCUUUCCUUUGGGUACAUUCCUCCUCUCCACUCUGCUCCUUCUUCUGGUGUCUUGGCCCCUCGUCGAUUGUGGAAUCUUUCCCGGUUGAAUGAAGUGGAUCCCUUGCUCCUGUACCAAUCUCGUUUCCGGUCUCUUGUGGCUCCUUUACAGGUUACCCUUGAUGGCUUGGUUUCUUCUCCUCCUGGUGUUCGUCCGCCGAUAGACUCGCUCAAUGACUCCCUCAACGAGUGUUUCUAUCGUGCUCUUGAUGACUCCAUUGGUCAAAAGGCUGCUCGUCCUGGUCACUGGCAUAAGUACUGGACUGCUGAUCUUGAGGCUGCUGCUCGUGAGCGAGAUAGGCGUUACCAACUUUCCAAGGCUACUGCUACCAUGGCUCGGCUCAAGCGUCGUAAACUAGUCUCUGCCUCAUAUACCCACCCUGAUGGUCCACAGUCAGCAGUUAACACUAUGGCUGCCCAUCUGGCGAAGGUGUAUGAUGGUUCUCUUCUCUCUUCUGCGGAUCGUCCGGCUGCUCCUCCUGACUUCUCGGGUAUGGCUCCGUUCGUUUCUGGCUCUUCUCCUUUGGUCCCUGAUUCUGAUCUUGGUAUCUUUUCUGUCCCUACUCUACUUAGGCUGAUCAAGCAACUACCUAACCGUAAGGCACCUGGUCGCGAUCACCUGAAAGCAGAAAUGCUGAAGGCCGUGGCUAAGGACCUGGCUCCGGUGUUGUCUUCUUUGUUCCAGAUCUGUUAUCAGUGGUGCUACACUCCUGCCGUGUGGCGUCAAGCCCAGGUGUUCCCUAUCCAUAAGAAAGCUGCUUCUCACUCUUUCUCUCUUGGCUACCGUUGGAAUCCUUCCAAGUGUGCUGUGCUUAAUGCUCCUUCUGUUACCUCCUCUACUUCGUUCAACUUUCGGUUGCGUCUUUAUGGCGAGCCUCUUCCGACUGUUGACGAGUUUAUCUAUCUUGGUGUCCCGUUCCGUAGUAAAGGUCUUUAUGGUCCUGGUAUCCUGGCUUUGCGGUCCUCUGGUGCUGUCAAAACUAUGGCUCUGCUUAACUCGGUCGGUGUCAACCGUAAUGGUUUCUCUCUUCUCCUUUCCUCGCGGCUGUAUACUUGCUUCAUUAGGCCCAAACUUGAGUACGGUCUGGCCAUCUCUCGUUUGACAUCUUCGGAUGUAAAAGCCUUUGACAAGUUGCAAAAUAGGUUGGUUGGUAUGUUCUUGGGUAGCUCCUGGGUUAAUGUUGCUAAGCACAUUACCUGUAUCCUUCCGUUCCAUCACCGGUAUAAGGUCCUGAUGACUCGCUACGUUCUUCGGUCUCGGUCUCUUGCGGAUGACUGCUUGGUUGUUCUCUUACGAGACAGCCUGCGUUACUCUCGCUUGGUGAAGUAUCUCUCUGAGAACUCGCUAUACCGUUCGCUCCCAGAUCCUCUGCCUGUAUCCUCCUCCGCUCUCAAGGCUCUCUUUGACUCCCAUUGGCAAGAACAGUUUGAUCGUCAAAUGUCAGCUGCUUCCACCUCUGGUAAGUUCGUCCUCCUCCGUGCUUGUCGUCCUUCUGUGUCGCAACCGGAUCCCAUCCUCUACCUCCCCAUGUCUCGUACUGCCCGUAGUCGACUGGUUCGCUGGCGUCUCGGUCGCUUUACGAACAUGGAUGAAGAGUGUCCUUGUUCUUCUGGUGCUAGGCUCACCCGUGAUCACAUCUUGGUCUGUCGUGCUGUUGAUUCCUCCUUGGUCUCUCAGUUGCCUGUCUCUCCUCCUGGUGUCAACCGGAUUGAUCAUGCUCUUAACUGUCUCCCUCUUACUGCUUCUUCUGGCCCUCCUCCUUUCUGGUCGGCCUUACUUUCUCUGCUGUACGUGGUUGAUACCCUAAGUCACCCGUCAGCCCAUAUUGCUCCUGAUCCCGAUCCUGGUGAUUCAUGGUUGUCUGUUUCUUGUUCUCGUCGCUGA